AUGGGUCCUAUCGGUCGAUCAGGUCCGCCUCCGGGCGUCAUGGGCGACGAAAAGACUGGCAACAAGUUGCGCCGAAAGAUGAACCACGUCAAGCGCAAGAGAGCCAAAGAUGCUGCGCGCCGAGCUGAGCGUUACGCCUUUAAGAAAGAAGAAGCGAAGAACCCCAAGUUGAAGGCAGAGCGUCUUAGCCGCAAUAUUCCCUUGACCCUGGAGCGGAAGCGUGUCUGGAACGAAGCCGACAACGACGCUGACGAAACUGGACUGGGAUUGAGUGUUGAUGUUGAGCGUAUCAAGCGCGCCAAGCAGGAAGAGGAUGAUGAGCUGAACCGACCAUUGGAAGAGGGCGAGGAUGAUAGUGAGGCCCCGGAAUCAGACAAUGAGUCCGUCGACAGCAUGCUUGAAUCAGAUGCCAGUGAUGACGAGGACGAAGAAAAGACCGCCGAAGAAAAGGACGCCAAUCGCGGCCGCAAGAAGUCGCUCCCAACUGCCACAGAGCGUGCCACAAGUCCGACCCAGUCCACCCGCAGCACAAACCUGGGCCUUGCACCCGAAGCAUUGGCUGCCAAAUUCCCUACACUCUUCACCGACGGACCCCCACCUACCCCGAAAAUCCUCAUCACUACCGGCCUCAACUCAACCCUCCACGAUCAGGCCGAGACCCUCACUGAUAUGUUCCCCAACAGCGUUUACAUCCGACGCAACGCACACCGCUACUCGCACAAAUUCUCGAUCCGUGAGAUCUCCAAAUUCGCCUCAAACCGCAACUUCACAACGGUAAUCGUGUUGAACGAAGACCAGAAAAAGCCCAGCGGCCUGACAAUGGUGCACCUGCCCGUCGGCCCAACUUUCCACUUCACCAUCAGCAACUGGAUCGAUGGCAAGCGUCUUCCGGGACACGGCCGAGCCACCGAGCACUGGCCCGAGUUGAUCCUCAACAACUUCCGCACACCCCUCGGUCUCCUCACUGCGCACUUGUUCCGCACUCUCUUCCCACCUCAGCCGGAGUUCGAGGGCCGACAGGUAGUCACACUGCACAACCAGCGUGAUUAUAUCUUCGUCCGUCGUCACCGCUACGUCUUCCGUGAGAAACGUGAGACUGAAAAGGCCGUUGUUGAUGCCAAUGGCAAGGAAAUGGUUGGUGCUGAGGGCAUCCGAACUGGUCUGCAGGAACUUGGACCCCGUUUCACGCUGAAGCUCAGACGUGUUGAUAAGGGCAUCCAGCGCGCGAGUGGACAGGAGUGGGAGUGGAAGGGUGGAAUGGAGAAGAAGAGAACUCUGUUCCAGCUGUAA